ACAAUCAACUUGCAAAAUCCACCCUUGACUUGGAAUCUCAUCGUAGGGCUGAUGUUUUGCCACGUGAUAAUUGCCUUGGCUCAAUUCUUAUUGCACUAAUUAAAAGCCCAUUUUACUCUUCACAUUAAACCAUCCUUCCUUUCUUGAGCACCUUUUCUCUCUACUGCAUGGAGCUUGAUACCAACUUCAGAGAUGAUUUUCUUUUCCUUUCUAGUAUUUUCCCAGAAAAUUUUAUAGGAAAACAUGAAUCUGACUAUGGAUUAUCAAUUCCCCCUAAGGGUUCUUCCCCUAGGGGUUUGAUUCACAACUUGAUUGAUCCUAACCUUGGCUCUUUCUUGAAUUCUUCCAAUUUCAACCAAUUUCCUGUCCAAGGGUCCUUUGAUAACAUCUUAUCGGGGACAUGCACUGACACUUUUGAGGGCUAUACCAAUCAUUUUUCAAGUGAUAAUCUCAAUAAUGCUUCUUCGACACAAAAUUUUAACGGAUUGACCUGUUUCCCACAGGGGUUCUCUUCAAAUCUUGUUAGUCAAGAUUCAACCAUUGGCGGAGGUAACAAGGAAGUAAUUCCUCCCAAAUUUCUUAAUUCUAGUGUUAAUGAUUUGUCCUUUUCGAUCAAUCCUAGUGUGAAUGCCCUCUUGCAUGGCUUACAUAGAGGAGGAUAUGAAGAUUUUCCUCAAAAAAUCCCAAUCCAACUUAUAUCGGAAACUCUUCCUAGUCAUCAAUUACCAAUGAAUUCUCAAGGUUAUUAUGGAUCAAUUAAUACAAAAUUGUCUGAUGAGAUCGAAGAAAAUGACCAUAAAGUCAAUCGGAAGAAGAACAAGAAGAUGAUGCAGAUGAAAAAGGCCACCACAGCUCCGAAGAACAUAAUCAAAGGACAAUGGAGUGCUCAUGAGGAUAGACUAUUGGUGCAAUUGGUAGCAAGGUAUGGAACAAAAAAAUGGUCUCAAAUUGCAAAGGUGUUGAAUGGAAGAGUGGGGAAGCAGUGCCGAGAGAGAUGGCACAAUCAUUUGAAGCCCGAUAUCAAGAAGGAUUCAUGGAGCGAAGAAGAAGAUAGAAUACUGAUUCAAGCACAUAAAGAAAUAGGAAAUAGGUGGGCGGAGAUUGCUAGGAGGCUGCCGGGGCGUACUGAGAAUACCAUAAAGAACCACUGGAAUGCUACCAAGAGAAGGCAACACUCUCGGAGAAAGGGCAGGAACUCCAACACCAAAGACUCCCUCUUGCAUAACUACAUCAAGAGCGUCUCUUCCACCUCCACCUCUGCAUCAGCUUCAACUUCAACUCGAAAUGGUGAUGUACAGAAGGUAAUGAACUCGAUGCCCAACAUUGAUUUCCCAACAACAAAAGGGAGAGCUCAUGAAUAUGAGGCCAUGGAUUUCUCUUUUGAAACAAAUGUGUUUGGAGAAAGUUACUCGGGCUUUGGAUCCAUGCUUGAUGAGGUGAGUAGCAACGGCUUGAUGGAGAUGGAGAGCUUGAUGGAAGGAGAUAAGAAGGAGAUGGAUUUGAUGGAGAUGCUUUCCCAUGGAAGACUCUGAGCAUUCUCUUUAUGCAAUCAAAAGAGCUUUAAGGUAUAGUUUCAUGUGGGAAAAUAGGGUGGUGGUGUAAAGAGGGUUACAGAUGAUAUUUUAUGAAAAAUGAGAGUUAGGGUUAAUUUGCUUUCAUGUUAUGCUUUUUGUGCUUUUGUUUUGUGGUUUGUAAUGUUUAGAAUGGAUUCUCUCAACUUUGGUUCUAAUAUAGAAAAUUUAGACUU